AUGCCGUCAAAUGAGGAAUUGGACCAGGCAUUUCAAAGUGUUAUCGAAACAUGUAGGUCGCAAAUUCCCGAAUCGACUGAUUCUUCUACUUUUUUCAAAGAAAUCCUCUCUACACUUGUGAAAGAUUUGCAAUUAAAGCUCUCUUCAUAUCUAAAUCCAUCACUCGAGAUAUCAAGAACGUUAGCAGAAGAGAAUCCAAAUCAUCUUCGAAUUUUACUUCACAAUAUUGGAAAAGGAUUUCAGAAGAACAUUUCAGCAACCGAGAAAAUGAUUGCUCAAUUGAAAGUUGAUGUUUGUUUUCUUGUGGAAACUGGCUUGACUUCAGAGUCAAAAAUCGAAAUAAUAAGAACAAUUGGUGGAGAAAAAUAUCAUGUUUUCAAUCAUCCAGUGGGAAAACCGUUGUCAGGAGAAAAGGCGAAGGGUGGUUUGAUGAUAUUGGUCAAAGAAGAGCUCGUUUUCAAUGAAUCCAUCAAUUUUUCGUAUGGCUUAAUGAGUGGUCAGCAUUCUCAAUCAAAAUAUCGUCCGGAAAAGUUGCAAAAACUGAGGAAAACCCUGUCCGAUCCAAAUCUCUCAUUGAAAACUGAGAGAAAACUGUAUCAUCAAGAUUGUUUCAUCGAUUUGUGUGGUGUGAGAUUUAUUCUUUUGUACCGAAGCUACGCGAAUGCGCCGAUUUUCAAACUUUCUCGGGAUUUGAAGCGAAUGAAGGAGAAUGCUCCGAAAAACAUUGUGAUUAUGGGUGAUUUCAACUCGACUGAUCGCUCGAGUACUCGAAAAAUCAAAGAAUAUUUGGAGAGGUUGGAGUUGACAAAAGAAUAUUUCAGAUUGGAUUCGACAAAUGUGAUCGAAGUGAUCGAGUCAACAUUUCCCACUCAUCAACAACGAGUCGAUUUACCCACGAGCUAUCGAUCACAAAACACUAUCGAUCUGAUUUUCGAUGACCAAGACGAUCCUGUUGUCGAAAAGAUCUUUGUCUGCCCAUUCCUGUCAAGUGAUGUGAAAAAAGACCAUUCAGCUAUAUUUUUCGUUGUCAAUAAAAGAGCA